UGACGGAGGGAGAGCUGUAACCCGAGAAGAGGAGGCAGCCGCGGCGAUAUUAUUAGCCAAAACUCCAAAGCGCCACUCGACUCUUCCAGAUGUUCCAACGGAGGCACCGAGAGAGGACUAGCCCACUCAGUUUGGACGCCAAGGGGCUGUUACGGUUUUUUUCACCUUGAGGAUGCUUCGUUGACGCUACUAAACGGAAAACAAGGGAUUAAACACCACAAUUUUAAUAUUUUUUCCCUCUGUUAUUGCCGGAGAGCCUUACUGACAGUUGGCUAAGUUUGUUUCGUUUGCAUGGCGCGCGUGCACUUCUUGAAAAGUUUUUUGAAAUGUCACUCCGCCAGACUGGAAUAAAAUAGUGCGUUUGGGUGUUAAAAAGGAAACUCUACGACUGUUAAAAAGCAGCUCCACGUUUUUUUGUGGUUGAAGAGGACGAGAGCACACCAUGGCGUUUUUUCACUUGCUUCUCUGUGUGGGAAUGUUGUCAAUGCCCAUGUGCGGAGCGUUUUACCGCGGACCGCUACAGCCAGAGAUGUCCAACGGCACUUUCCAUCACUAUUUUGUGCCCGACGGCGACUACGAGGAGAACGACGACCCGGAGAAAUGUCAGAUGCUUUUCAAAAUGACGGACGAACGUAAAUGUGGACUUGACGAGGACCAGGACUCGGUGAUACGGGACGACUUCACCAUCAUAAAGCGGCAGAUAGAGGACUCGGCCCGGGUGAUUGAGGGGAUAGGGAAGAGCAUCUCGUUCGACCUGGAUGGAGAGGACAGCUAUGGCAAGUACCUGCGCCGAGAGACCACGCAGAUCUCGGAGGCCUUCAGCAGCUCGGAGAAGUCACUGCUGGAACUGGAGGUGAAGUUCAAGCAGAGUCAGGAGGGUGAGCUGAAGGAGGAGCAUCGCCUUAAUGAGGACUUCCUGCAGAUGGUGGUGCACACACGGGACGUCCUCAAGGAGACACUGGACAUCUCCCUUGGGCUGAGGGACAAACACGAGCUGCUCUCCCUCAUCAUCCGCAGCCAUGGCACCAGGCUCAGCCGCCUAAAGAAUGACUACAUCAAGUUCUGAAAAGACACGGUACUGCUGGUGUCAUGGUGUUAGGGAUUUUAAGUUGCACGGUGUGACUUUUCUGGUGUGGGUCCACCACGUGCUUGUUUCCACAAGGAUGUAUGUUAGAGCUUUUUAGGUACAGAAAAUGAUUUAAGUUGUCUUUUCCUCAUGGGAUAUUUAUUUUAAGGCACAAAUAAUCAGACAGGCUUACAACAGCUCCCCUGCUCUUAAAGAGGUGAUAUUAUGUAAAAUUGACUUUUUGGAGCUUUCUACCAUGUUAUAACGUUGUUCCCUCAUCAAACACAUGCCUGAAAUGGUUUAUAUCUCAUACAUGCGUGUUUGAGUAAUCUUGCAAUCUUUCCUGGGCACUUUUUGAACCCUCCUUGAUGUAUCCCACAAGCCUAACAAUGCUCAUGCACAGCCAUUUUUUAUAAGUAUACAAAAGCAUGAUACUAAACAAUACAGUACGACUUCACAAACCUGAUCAAAUGUACAGUAGAGCACUGAAGGGGGAGUGACUUAGUGCAGGGAGCAGGGGAGUGUCAAAAUAGAAUUUUCAACGCAGUACAGCUUUGAAUAAUAAGGCAACAUGGUGAUAUAAAUAUGUUAUGUGUUAACAAUCAACACACCGUAAUGUAUUUCUUUAUGGAUGCUAUUAUUGCUCAAAGUGGCUUGAAAAACAUGCAGUCUUACUGAGAGCGCGGUUGUCUCCAUGUAGAUAGCAAUAACAUUUCCAUAGAAACAAAGCAGGUGGUGGACCCUCUAUGAGAAAAGUUACAUAGUGCAUCUUUAAAGCAAAAGUAGGAAAUGUUCAGGGAAUUAGUGCACAUUACUAUUCACAUUCACAUUUACACCGUACUUUAUCUACAGGUGUGUUCACACUUACACAAACAUCAUAUAAAAAUGGAGCGGACAAGUUUCGACAACAACUUAACCAGAACUAGAAACAGGAACCAAACCAAGUCUACAUCAAACCAGGAUAUGUAUAAACGCACUCUAAGCAGUACAUAAAAAUCUACUUUUACUUUACUACACUUUGGUACAUGUAUCAGCAGUUUGUACUCCGCUAUUUAUGAAUCAGUGCUUGAUUCACUGUACCACUGCUCCCCUCAUUCUGGGAGCUUUAAAAACUCCUUUUUGUUAGUUGUCACAAUCUCUGAAAUACAUCUUCUCUCAGUUUAACGUUUAGUUAAAGAGGGGGUAUAAUUGAUCUUCUUUUAGCUUUCUGCCAUGUUAUAAAAAUGCCUUAAGAGGUUUUAGAUGUCAUCCAUGCAUGUUUCCCUAUUUUAACCGUCCUUAUGGUUAGCUGUACGAUCCUGUGCAAUGCUCAGUCCGCAAGCCUACGUCAUUUAUGCUGUCACAUGACAAUUCUCCAUAAAUAUACAAAAACAUGACAAAACAUAUACAAAAUUGUACACAGCAACUUGACAAACCUGAUUUAAUGUGCAGUAGUUUCAUUAGGGGGAUGCACACUGAUAAUGUUGUGAUAGCGAUGUGAUGUGAUUACUUUGCGCAGGGAGCAAAGAGAGGGGAGACUCAGAUCGUUCAAAAUAAUAAAAUGUAACAUGGUGAUCUAAAUAUGUUAGGUGUUAACAACACCUCCUAGAAGUAAAAUACCCCCUCUUUAACAUUGAAAAAGCACAAAACAUGCUCAAAAUAUAAGGUGCUAAAGACAACGUAAUGCAGAAACAGAGUAUUUAAAAUAUAGAUGUUUAUAAGAUUGAUCACUCACAAGUAGCCUACAUUAGACACUUUUACUUGAGUCCUAUUUUUAUAUUGUCAAAUAGACCUAAUGCAUCAAUAUAAUAUUCUUGAAUAUGAUUUCAACUCCAUUUCUCUGCAGUUUACCUUCCUCAUUGUGAGGCAUUUUGAUGAGAUUGCUCUUCACUCUGCUGAGGGCUCAUAUUUGGGCUGUAUGAUUUUGUAACAUUUAAGUUGUGAUUUUUGGACUAUUAUAAUCUAUUGCAUUGGCAUUUGCAAUAUAUUUUUCAAAUCAAGAUUCAGUUCCUAAUGGAAAUUUUAAGAAUAGCUGCAGAUUUUUUUUAUAUAAUCAUUCAUUGUGAUUUAAUUUAUUUUUGUAAUUUUCCUUGACAGUGUAGAUAACAAACUUCUUCUGUUGGUGUUUAAAGUACCUGACUAUUUUUCUGCAUGGAUAUUUCUGUACCAGAAAUGUACUGUGUGAAGUGAGUCUUAAACUUUAUUGAGGUGAAUAGAGACAGAUGUUUCAUGUUUGGAUAAUUGACAAAAGUAGGGGUGACGUUCUGCUCUGGAAACUUUAAACAUUUGGUUUGGCUCUUCAGGCCAAACUCCACUUCUGUGAUGUAAGACAGUAACAUGAUUUAUCAGACCAGCAACCAAAAUCUAAAAGGUUUCAUCUUGUCAAAAAUUAAUCCACAAAUUUUGUCUUCUUUUUAUUUUCAUAAACUUUGAUGGUUAGACAAGUUAAAAGAUGUUGUUACCUUGUUGACUUGUUUUGGCUCCAAGCUGCAAGCCCUUUUACAACACAGUUCUGAAGAAGACUUGAACAUGGCUUACAUUCAAAGUAGGGCUACCCAAUAUAUGACAGUGUGUUUAAAUACAUUUUCAAUUAAAUCCGAUGGUUUUCAGUGUUAAUUUUCAGAACAUAAACAAUACAGAUUUUAAGUUAUUGCUGUUUUUCAAUUUUAUGUCAAAUUACUUCACCCAAUGUCUGAACUCUGCUCCAAACCACAUUCUUUUGCUCACCAAAGAUUUGCUGUAGACCUUGAGAUAUUAAAGACCCAAGCUAAUCAUUGAGUAUUAGAAAUGACUGAAAUUCGAUUAAAAUGUCAUUAAUUGCCUUAAAUCAAAGUGACAUUUGAACUUUAUGGUGUCUUAUUUAUUCUGUAUAAAUCAUUUUAACCCUGUAGUUUAGACCUCUACAAACAUGCAUGAAAAGCAUGGGAUUGUUGUAUUAGUUUAGCUGUGUUUUCUUUAUUGUUAUAGUACCUGGGCAUUUUUAAAGGGCCCAUAUUACGCUAUUUUCUGAUCUAUGUUAUAAUGUUGUUUGUCAAAAACAACCUGGAGUUGUGUUUUGUUUCAUUCACACAUGUUUAACACAAAUCCUGCUGAGGUCUUCUCUCAAACUGAAAACACUUUGCUCCACCUUUUGAUGUCAUGGGGUACACAGGAAGUAUAUAUGUAAGUGCUUCACUGUGUUUUUAAAUGCCGUAAACCUUCAUUAGAAUCCUUUGGAUCAUUUCCAUCCUGGAAUUGCCAAUAUCAACUAAAAUCUACUAAAACUUAACUUAAACUACUGCUUCAUGACAUGACAAGGUGGAACAGAGCAUUUUGAGCUUUGGAGAUGUAGACAGAUUAAUAAUGCUGGGUUACUCAAACUGGUGUGAAUGAAACAAAACACAAGUCCAGGUAUGUCUAAUGAGGUAACAACAUUAUAACAUGGCUAAAAGCUCACAAGAGUCAAUUUGGCAUAAUAUAGAACCUUUAAAACAGACAUUGUGAACUGAAUCUUGAUCUAAGUCUAUCCUUUGUGUAAAUGUGUAGAUACAAACAGCUUAUUGCAAGCUUGAGUUGUAUUCAGAGCAGGCAGACUUUGCACAGCCCCCGUUCCACUAAAGCUUUGGACAUAUUUACUAUAUAAUAUUUGUUAUAUCUUAAUAAUUAUUACUUAUCAAUGGUGUACAGUGUAUUUUAUGGGCUAAUAAUAAGUAAAUACUGUGAGCAUCAUUGUCUACAGAAAAUUAUUGUAUUCCUGUUUAUAUUUGUGGAUAUUUGAACAAGACUGCGGGCAGCUCUAUAGUAUAUACUGAGCAGUUAACAGUGUUAUUUUGUGUGUGCCAUCUUAAAUAAAAGUCUGUUUA